AUGAAGUAUCUCGCUGCCUACCUCCUCCUCGCCCUUGCCGGCAACGAGGCCCCCUCCGCCGCCGACAUCAAGGCCGUCCUCUCCUCCGUCGGUAUCGACGCUGAGGGUGACCGUCUCGAGAAGGUCAUCGCUGAGCUCCAGGGCAAGGACCUCCAGGAGCUGAUCGCUGAGGGCUCUACCAAGCUCGCUUCCGUUCCCUCCGGCGGUGCUGGUGCCGCUGCCCCUGCCGCUGGUGGUGCCGCCGCUGGUGGUGCCGCUGCUCCCGCUGAGGAGAAGGUUGAGGAGAAGGAGGAGGAGUCCGAUGAGGAUAUGGGCUUCGGUCUCUUCGAUUAA